AUGCGGAUGAUUGUCAAUACCAAUCUUGGACCUUCAAAUCACGACGUCGAGCUGAACCAACGAUUCAUGGCGAUAUGCAACCACAUGAGCAUGAACAUAGACCAUGUUUUUAAUGUCCGAGUUAUUCCGAGCAAGCGAUGCAAUGCACACUUCAAAAUUUUCGGUCUUCUUCCACCAAACUUCGAGAUAUGCCUCCUUUACACUCAAGGUGUACCGAUUCCUGCAACGCUUGAAUUGAAAAUAUCCAGUACAUACGAACUCCGGAUAUGUUUCCGAAAUACGAAUGGAACACGGCCCAGACGGAAUACUUUCUGGGUGCUCACUAUCCUCCACUUGUGGGUGCUGCUGAACCUCAAGCCUCAGCUUGCAGAUAUUUGGGGAGUGUGUGAGUGCAGGAACCAGUUGAAAGCUAGCGAGCAGCUAGAAGUCGUGGUGCAGGGGCUUCAAAGCGUUGCAGGAGUCGUGCCGACUUGGUCAACCCUACCCCGUGCUAUGUAA